AUGUAUAGCCGCCCAGUAAUUGCCAUCGCUGGACUUGCUUGCGAGACAUCGACCUUCUCCCCUUCAAAAACAUUAGCUCCAGCAUUCCAUCCGCGAAGGGGCAUUGAAUGUAUCCAAGAAUACGAAUUUAUCAAGCCUGGAACUCCUCUCGGAAAUGUUGCCGACUGGCGUGGAGCCCUCAUCGGCCACGCCCUUCCAGGAGGAAUUGUCACUCGAGCAGCAUUCGAGGAACUAACAGCAGAAAUCCUUGACAGACUUGAAGAUAUACGUUCGUCCGUGCCGCAGCUUGAUGGACUAUGGUUCGAUAUACAUGGCGCUAUGUGCGUAGAAGGUCUCGAUGACGUGGAAGCGGAACUGCUCCGUCGCAUCCGCACACUCAUUGGACCUGAUGUGGUCGUGUCGGCAUCUAUGGAUCUACACGGAAAUGUGUCGCGUGAGCUUGCGCACCAAACCGACCUAAUUACAUGCUAUCGAAUGGCGCCACAUGAGGAUGAACAAGAAACAAAAGAGCGUGCCUGUCAGAAUCUGGUAGAUUUGCUCACUCAGCAACAUGCAACAGGAGAUAAUCGAUUGCGACCGUAUAAAGCAUGGAUACCUCUCCCAAUUCUGUUACCGGGCGAGCAGACUUCUACUCGAGCUGAGCCUGCAAAACAUGUAUAUGCGGCUGUUUCGGGUGUCGAAGCUCGGCCUGGUGUGAUAGAUGCUGCGAUUUGGGUUGGAUAUGCCUGGGCUGACGAACCGCGCAAUCGAGCCGUUGUUAUGGCAACUGGCUGGGACAAAUCAGCUGUUGCUGCAGGUGCCGAGGAUCUGGCAAAAAAAUUUUGGGAUGCUCAUGCUGAUUUUGAUUUUGUUGGACCGACCGGGACGUUCAAAGAAUGCCUUGAUACAGCUCUGACGUCUUCUGCUCGCCCGUUCUUUAUCUCGGAUAGUGGGGAUAACCCAACAGCAGGCGGUAGCGGUGAUAUGACCUGGGGUUUGACUAAGCUUUUAGCUCGACCUGAAUUUCAGGAUGUUUCAGGGCCGACUGUGAUAUAUGCAAGCGUACCAGGUCCGAAAGCAGUCGAAGUAGCCGUUGCCGCUGGCGUUGGGGCGACCGUAACAGUGACUGCGGGGGCAGAGGUCGAUAACAUACAUGCAGGUCCUAUCACAAUGACUGGACGAAUACAUUCAAUCAAACAUGGUGACAAAUGGGCAGAGACUGAAGUUGUUCUGCAAGUGGGUAGCGUGUAUGCUAUCCUAACCAAACUACGCAAACCGUAUCACAAGGAGCAUGACUUUACUGACUUGGACUUAAAACCCCGCUCUGCGGAUAUUGUUAUUGUCAAGAUCGGCUACCUGGAGCCAGAGCUCUUUGAUAUGGCGGCGGAUUGGAUGCUCGGUCUUACUCCUGGUGGUGUUGACCAGGACCUUGUCCGACUGGGUCAUCAUCGUAUCCGCCGUCCGAUGUGGCCGUUUGAUAAUAGAUUCGAGACCCAGCCAGACUUGAAAGCGCGAUUCAUCUCAAUGUCMCCCGAGCCGUUACUGGGCCCGGAUGAUUCAUCUGCACAUUCAACUUGGAAGACAAAUCGCGACGAUGCGAUGUCUUCGGCCCUUGAACGUCUGCAUCAGCGAGAACUUGCAGAGGAAAUUGAAGCGAUAAAUGCGAUAUACGAAGUCGAUACGAUCGAGGUUAAUACAAUCGGUCAAGGCACGAUUCCGGACAAUGGCGCACGAACGUUAGACCUGGGGAGCACCCCUUCUGAAACAGCUGCUCUUACGACGACGAUACGGCUGCGUAUCCCAGAACACCCUCACCUUUCCUUUAUUAUCGGUUUUGACAAUGAGUAUCCGGAAACACCCCCUCGAGUGACUGGGACAGCAUCGACUUCUUCCCGCGGCGAAGGCAGUCUAGUUGUUGAUGUAUUAAGGGAUAUCAUCACCCGAGCACAUCAGCCAGGACAAGUCUGCCUAUUCGAAGUGAUCAGUGAGGCCAGCGAAAAGUUCUCUGAAUUGAGCAUUGGUGGUACCACAACAGAUCAUGAAAGCCCGUCAAAAGGAAACGAAGAUGGAGAGGAUGAUACAGAUGAGCAGCUCGACAAGACUGCUGAAGACAUCGCGACGCUUUCUUUGAAAGAUGCAUUUGGCAUCGACAGUCCUCCCUAUUGGAUACUAUCCGACGUUGUGACAGAAAAGAAAUCGGUCUUCGUGGGUCGCGCCGUACCCGUUACCAGCAGAGAUCAGGCCAAGGCGUAUAUAGACUAUCUCCUCGCAACAGACAAGAAAGUCGCCAGUGCAACACACAAUAUCAGCGCAUGGCGCAUUCGUGAGAAGAAAGACGACAACACAGAAAGAACAUUCCAAGACUGUGACGAUGAUGGGGAAACGGCUGCAGGCGGACGUUUGCUACAUCUUAUGCAAUUGAUGGAUGUUUGGGAUGUAUUGGUCGUCGUUACGAGAUGGUAUGGGGGAGUCUUGUUGGGGCCGGAUAGAUUCCGAAUCAUUAACAAUGUUGGAAAGGAUGCUCUUAUCAAGGCUGGAUUUCAGAAAGAGGCAUCAAGCACCAAAGAUAAAGGCAAGAAGAAGGGGAAGAAGUGA